AUGUCUGUCACCAACUUGUGUUCCACUCAUACUCGAAAUCCAUAUGGUUCCACUGGCAGAUUAGGUGGCGCUGCCGACUAUUUGCAACGACGACGUCAUAGCAGUCGCCUAAAACGCAGUCCCCUAACUAGUCCCCUGCCGCACAUGCUGGCGGCAGGUUCUUCAUCAGCAGCCACGGCCGUAGCUGGUCUACCCGGAAGCAGCGCGGGUGGUGUGAUAAAAUUUGAACCAAGCACAAAUCUCGAUGAAAACGAGGAGAAAUACAUAUUACCAUCAUCAUCAGCAUCGCAUGCCGGCCUUCGCACCGAAGACGAUGAGAACGACGAUGACGACGACGGCGGCUGCAUGGAAAGCGAACAGCCAUGUGAUUUACGUUUGCCGAGCCAUUUUAAAUUGAAUCUGGUCUCAAUGGCCCUGCAACAGGCAGCUGUGGCUGCCGGUGCGGCCAUGAUUAGUGGAGCAGCAGCAGGCGGUGGAGGUGGCGGCGGCGUUGGCGGUACCACGGUAGCUGGUGGCGGCGGAACAUCAACAGGUAUGACCACGGCUACACAAUUGCAACAGGCUGCCUUACAUACCAUAGCUGCGGUGGCAACAUCACACCAGACCCACGGGUUGCAUCAGUCCCAUGCUGCCACACAUGCCUUUAUGAAUUUUCCACCGGGAACUGCUGGUGGUGGUGGUGAUACAUCACCCAAACGCCGCUACAGUAGCAGUAGUGGAGGUGGUGGCGGUGGCGUUACACCAGUUCCGGGUAGUCUAUUGACCACUGCUACGGGUGUUACGGGUCCGUCUGCAGCCAGUUCAACUGGCCUGACAGCCAGUACACCGGGUGGUGGUCCAUCUACCUCGGCCAUUGUGGCACCGCACACACCCUCCAGUACGGCAACAUCGUCGGCGGGCAGUAGUUCGGUGGCGGGAAUAAGUGGUGCGGGUGGUUCUGGUAGUGCUGGGGCCACUGUGGGUGGUGGUGGCGUUGCAGGUUCAGGCGGUGCUCCAGCCAACUGGGGCGGCGCCUACACCUGCGAACGUUGUGGCAAUUCUUAUGCACGUCCCCAUAGCCUUAAUAGACAUGUACGUUUCGAGUGCGGCGUUGAACCCAAGUUCGAGUGCCCCAUUUGUCACAAGAAAUCAAAGCAUAAACAUAACCUUGUGCUGCACAUGCGCACCCAUCAACAUCGAUGA